AAGCCGUGGGCAGCGGAAGAGGCCACCUGGAACUUAACAGCUUCAUUGCUUUAUAUAACCUCCUGCGAAUCUUUUCCCCGACCCUUCUUCCUUUUCCACUCUGUCCUCCUCUGUACAGCGCAAUUCGCCCCUGUCACCCAGUUCGAUCUGACUCUGCCCUUGCUCUUCCUCCACGGAGGGCCAAUUGCCUGAACGCUUGUUUGUUUGUUCUUUAUUUGCCUUUCAUCAUGCGUCUCAACACAGCUCUUACCUCCGCCCUGGUGUCUUCGGCCUCGCUCAUGGGCUAUGCUCAUGCCGCGGAGGACGAGACAGCUGCCGACUCUUCCGUGGUUGAGAGACCUUCUUUCACGCCCACCAGUAUCAAGGCUCCCUUCUUGGAACAAUUCACGGAUGAUUGGCAAGAGAGAUGGACACCCUCUCACGCUAAGAAGGAGGAUUCCAAGUCGGAUGAGGACUGGGCCUACGUUGGCGAAUGGUCUGUGGAGGAACCCACCGUAUUCAAGGGUAUUGAGGGCGACAAGGGUCUCGUCGUCAAGAACGUCGCUGCCCACCACGCCAUUUCUUCCAAGUUCAACAAGAAGAUUGACAACAAGGACAAGACGCUUGUUGUCCAGUACGAGGUCAAGCCGCAAAACUCCUUGGUCUGCGGUGGUGCCUACAUGAAGCUUCUCCAGGAUAACAAGAAGCUUCAGUCUGACGAGUUCUCCAACGCUUCACCUUACGUGAUCAUGUUUGGCCCCGACAAGUGCGGUGCCACCAACAAGGUUCACUUCAUCUUCCGCCACAAGAACCCCAAGACUGGCGAGUACGAGGAGAAGCACCUCAAGGCUCCUCCUGCUGCUCGUACCAGCAAGCUCACCUCCCUCUACACCCUCAUCGUCCGUCCCGACCAGUCCUUCCAGAUCCUCAUUGACGGCGCCGCUGUCAAGAACGGUACCCUCCUCGAGGACUUCAACCCCCCCGUCAACCCUGAGAAGGAGAUCGAUGACCCCAAGGACAAGAAGCCGGACACCUGGGUCGACGAGGCAAAGAUCCCCGAUCCCGAGGCUACCAAGCCCGAUGACUGGGACGAGGAUGCCCCCUUCGAGAUCGUCGACGAGACCGCUGAGAAGCCCGAUGACUGGCUGGAGGAUGAGCCCAACAGCAUUCCCGACCCCGAGGCUGAGAAACCCGAGGACUGGGAUGACGAGGAAGAUGGUGACUGGAUUCCUCCCACCGUUCCCAACCCCAAGUGCAGCGAAGUCUCGGGAUGCGGCCCGUGGUCUCCCCCGAUGACCAAGAACCCCGACUACAAGGGCAAGUGGUCCGCUCCUCUGAUUGACAACCCUGCCUACAAGGGACCCUGGGCUCCUCGCAAGAUUGCCAACCCCGCCUACUUCGAGGACAAGACUCCCUCCAACUUUGAACCCAUUGGCGCUAUCGGUUUCGAGCUCUGGACUAUGCAGAACGACAUCCUGUUUGACAACAUCUACAUUGGCCACUCCGUUGAGGAUGCUGAGAAGCUCCGCAAGGAGACCUUUGAUGUCAAACGUCCCAUUGAAGAGGCUGAGGAGGAGGCUUCCAAGCCCAAGAAGGCUGAGAAAGAGUCUGGCACUAGCGUUAGCUUCAAGGAGGACCCCGUCACCUACAUCCGUGAAAAGGUCGAGAACUUCGUUGGUCUUGUUCAGGAAGACCCUGUCAACGCGGUCAAGGAGGCUCCCGAGGUUGCCGGUGGCCUUGCUGCCGUUGUCCUGACUAUGAUUCUUAUCAUUGUUGGCGCUAUUUCAGCCAGCAGCCCUGCUGCUGCCCCUGCCGCCAAGAAGGGCAAGGAGGCCGCCAAAGCUACCAAGGAGAAGGCUGCCGAGGCUGUCAGCUCCGCCGCGGACACCGCCAAGGGCGGAGCUACCAAGCGGACUACCCGAUCAUCCGCGGAGUAAGAGCGUGCGCCGUCUUAGGUCGCAAAAAGAGACGACCCCAGGACAAGGAAAAUUCGAACAUUGAGCACGGCACGGAGAACUACUAUAUUCCCACUUCCGGUUUCAUAGCUGUUGCAGUAUUUUAGUGAUGGCUCUGAUCCUUUUAACAUGACAUUUCUAUGAGAAUGAAUAAUAUGUACAAUGAAUUUUGAUCGGCAACUUGUAUCUUUUCAAUGCUUAAGGUAUUUACUCGACCGAUCAGAUCAGCCAUUGCUCCCAUUUAUUUAUAGAAAGUUGGUAGAUUUAAAAGGGCCACUGUUAAAUGCUUGGGUCGUCCGUCGGGUCCCCUUCUCUAUUCGCAACAAAAACCUGCGAGAUCGGGAUUACCCCGGCUUGGAGAUACCGGAGUGGGCCGAGGAUCUGUGAGGACAUAUCGCCGAGGAGCGAACCUGGAAGGCCCGUUGAUUUGUCCCAUCCUGCCAACAAAACGAGUUUCGACGAAAACGAUGGUAGAUUAAGCUUUAAGUGGUACUCCUAAGCAGUAAAGUACUCCGUUGAAGCAAAAAAAACAGACGCCUUUCGUUGGGCCCCGGGGCCCCGC